CGCCGCCGCUCCUGCCCUCCGGCGGAGGUGGGGGAAGGGGGAGCCGUUCCGUUUAACCCUGAACACCCCGCACCCUCUUCGUUGCGCCCAAUUCGCAGCUCGCCAAUUCCUCCUUUCACUUUCCUUCCUCCCUCGGGCUCACUCCCUUCCCCGACACCAAAGUCCGAUUUAUAUUCCAGGCGAAGUGGAGCGAGCCCGGACCCUAACCUUCCCCUGCCACCGCCCACCCCCCCCCCCCCCCCCGCAUCCUUUUACAUAGCUUUCCACCCAACUCUGCAAAUUUUGCAAUAGGGGGAGGGAUUUUUAAAAUUGCAUUUGCAAAGUUCGGUCUCUGGGCAGGCGAGGGGGGGAGGGAGGGAACGGGGAGCAGGCCCCGCCCCUGCCGCCCUUUGCAAAUAAAAAUCUGGGGGGGGGGGGGGGGAGGAGCAGGAAGUGGCGGUGCGAGGGCUGCUGCACAGCUAGCAGAGCCGCGGUCCGGACGGCAGCGCGUGCCCCGAGCUCUCCACCUCCCCCCGCCCGCCAGCCCGAGGCCCCCGAGCCCAGCCCGCGGCCCCAGCAGCAGCGCCCAGAGCAGCCCCAGCAGCAGCGCCAUGGCCGGGUGGAACGCCUACAUCGACAACCUCAUGGCGGACGGGACCUGUCAGGACGCGGCCAUCGUGGGCUACAAGGACUCGCCCUCCGUCUGGGCCGCCGUCCCCGGGAAAACCUUCGUCAACAUCACGCCAGCUGAGGUUGGUGUCCUGGUUGGCAAAGACCGGUCAAGUUUUUUCGUGAACGGGCUGACACUUGGGGGCCAGAAAUGCUCUGUUAUCCGGGACUCGCUGCUGCAGGACGGGGAAUUUACCAUGGAUCUCCGUACCAAGAGCACCGGCGGAGCUCCCACCUUCAACAUCACUGUCACCAUGACUGCCAAGACGCUAGUCCUGCUGAUGGGCAAAGAAGGUGUCCACGGCGGGAUGAUCAACAAGAAAUGUUAUGAAAUGGCCUCCCACCUGCGGCGUUCCCAGUACUGACCUCGUCCACCCCUCCCCCCCACCACCCCACUGCUUUUGCACCCCUCUCCUUCCCAUACACACACGUACACCAUUUUUAUUUUUUGGGCCAUUACCCCACACCCCUUGUUGCUGCCAAAACCACAUGGGCUGGGGGCUGGGGCUGGAUGGACAGACACCUCCCCCUCCCUGUACCCCUCCUGUGUGUGGUUGGAAAACUUUUUUGUUUUUUGGGUUUUUUUUUUUUUCUGAAUAAAAAAGAUUCUACUAACAA